CACGAUCGACCGCGCGACGCAAACCGAGAGCAAUCAGUGCGGCUCGCCAUGACUGUCCUGUACCUAAUUAAACUACCGCUUUAAAUGAACAGGCUGCGCAACUAAUCGCCCCGCGCCUCGAACACGCCCCAAAUGCCAAUUUGCAUCGAGUGUCGGCACCCCGUCAAAACGCUGUGGACCAAAUAUUCGGGCACUGGAGAUGGAGACAAGGUCAGCGGCCACAACAUCCGCCUGACGGUAUGCAAAAACUGUGGAAGGUUCUGCGACAAAUAUGUCGAGCAUGACUUUGUGGUUUUGUUUGUGGACUUGGUCCUCAUCAAGCCUCAGGUCUACCGCCAUUUGCUACACAACUCGCUGAUGCGGGACGGAGACCGAUUUGAUCUGAUGGUUGUUGCGCAGCCUACUAUGAUCCGGCUUGGCAUACUUCUGCUUCUCUUCGACGUCUAUUUGACCUGGGCGCGGAUCGAAAAACAGUUUAACAGCAGCAGUAGCGCAGAGCAAUCUAGCUUCGGUCGAAUAGCGCAACAGCCCAUUGUGCUACAGUACAUGUUCUUUUGUAAGCGUCUUCGGGCCUAUGCAUUACAUAGCCUGUGUGUUCUCGGCGCUGACGUUUCUCUUGUAAUAGUGCUGCUGUGCACUCUAUCGAACCUAGCCUUCCACCUGUCGAUCCGUUUUCUCACGUCGUCCCCGUGGUCGCCGUUGGUCCUUCUGGGGCUUCUCCCGGCACCGUUCGAGAGGCCAAAUUCUGUAUCGACAGCACUGCUCGUGUCGUCCUCUACGAAGUUGUUUCCGAUACUCAUGGUCAUAUGGAACUACGAUGUACCUGCAGCUGCCCGUAGUCUUGGCUGGGCCGUCGUGGCGAACAAUGUUGAGGCGCUUAUGAUACUCCUCGACUGCGGCUACGGCGCGGCAGCUUUGUUGACUACCGCAGGUGCACUAAGCAGAUGGGCCAUAAGCAGCGCCUUUCUUACUGCUGCGGGUUUGGAAGGGGUUUCGGUGGCAGCCGAGACGAGCAUAGCUGAGGACGGGAGAGCACUGUGGGCAUUCCUGCUUACUGCGAAUGAAUGGGCCGGCAGGCUGGCCACUGGUUAA